AUGGGUCAUUUGAGGAUAGCAUUGCAAGUCCGCAAGGAACAUCAACUCGUUGCUAAAUAUAGUAAGCGUGAAUUUUGGUUGAGAGCGGUUUCUUUUCUUGAUCACAUUGUUUCAAGUGAGGGCAUAGAGGUCGAUCUGAAGAUAACGAAGGUGGUUAAGAAUUGGCCUAGACCUUUGAAUCCAACCGAGAUUCGAAGUUUCUUGGGUUUAGCCGAGUAUAAUGGGAGAUUUGUCGAAGGUUCUUCAUCUACCGCUUAUCGUUUAACAACCUUAACCCAAAAGAAAGUUAAGUCUGAGUGGUCGGAAGCUUGUGAAAGAGGUUUCAAGAAUUGA